AUGCCGUCGUAAAAUGAACACAUGAAAGAUGAAUCUAAUGGAAAUGACUUCCAUGAGUUAUUCAAUGAUUUGAAACUCCAUGAGCCACUCAAGAAAAUAGAUGAUAAAUGGAAGCUUGUGCCAGCUUUCCUAAGGCUUAGAGGGCUAGUUAAGGCUCACAUAGAUUCCUUCAAUCACUUUUUAAAUGUUGACAUUAAAGAAAUAAUGAGAGCGAACUAGCUUAUAAAUUCAGACAUUGAUCCUACGUUUUAUCUCAGAUUUACUGAUAUCAACGUUGGUUUCCCAAAGAUUGAAGAAGAUUUUGAGCAACAUAAUCUAAUGCCCCAUGAAUGCAGAAUUAGAGAUUUGACAUAUUCAGCACCGAUUCAUGUUGAUAUUGAAUAUACUAAAGGUGAUCGAAUCUUUCUAAAAAAUUAAGUCCUCAUCGGAAGAAUGCCAAUGAUGCUUGGAGCAUCAAACUGUUGGUUGAAUGGUAUGGAUCAUGACAGACUAGCUGCUAUCAAAGAAUGCCCCUAUGACCCCAGAGGAUAUUUCAUCAUCAAAGGAGUUGAGAAAGUGCUUCUUAUUCAAGAGUAAAUGUCUAAAAACAGAAUCAUCAUUGAACUUGAUUCUAAACAAAAUGUCUGUGCUUAGGUCACAUCCUCUACUUAUGAAAGAAAAUCAAGGACCACUAUAGUGCACAAGAAUGAUAAAUUUUAUCUGAAACACAAUACAUUUACUGAUGAUAUUCCUGUAGUAGUGGCUUUUAAGGCAAUGGGCAUGGAAACUGAUCAAGAGAUUGCAUAAAUCAUUGGAACUGAGAGCAUGUAUUUAGAUGGGCUGGCACUUUCAUUGUAGGAAUGCUCAUAGCUAAAUGUAUUGUCUCAAGCUCAAGCUUUAGAGUUCAUAGCUAAUAAAGUGAAAAGUCUUAAAUCAUUCCAGGGUAGACCAAAGACUAAGUUAGAGGAAGCUAGGGAUAUUCUCACAAAUGUGAUUCUUGCACAUAUCCCAAUGUCAAAGCACUUGCCAUAUUUUGCUAAAUGCAGAUAUCUUGGACUUAUGAUCAGAAGAAUUAUUGAAGCAGUUCAUGAUCCAAGCAAACUUGAUGAUAAAGAUUAUUAUGGAAACAAGCGUUUAGAGCUUUCAGGAUAGCUAAUAUCUCUCUUGUUUGAAGAUCUCUUGAAGAAAUUCCAAUUUGAUCUGAAGAAGCAAAUUGAUAUUAUGCUUUAAAAGAGUAAAAAAGAGAAAUUCGAUGCCCUGACUUGCAUAAGAGCAGAUACUAUAACUUAAGGACUCGAGAUCUCAAUUUCUUCAGGGAACUGGUCACUCAAGAGAUUUAAGAUGGAGAGAAAGAGCGUUACAUAAGUACUAUCAAGGCUCUCAUAUAUUGCUGCUCUUGGUAUGAUGGCAAGAAUUAACUCAUAGUUUGAAAAGACUAGAAAGAUAUCUGGUCCUAGAGCAUUGUAACCUUCUCAUUGGGGUAUAGUUUGCCCCUCAGAUACCCCAGAAGGAGAAUCUUGCGGUCUUGUGAAGAACUUAGCUCUUACCACCCAUGUAACUACAGAUUCGCCAGAGUAACCUCUUCUAAGAAUUUGUAUCGAUCUAGGAAUGGAGGAUGCAGCAUUACUUGGUGGUGAUGAACUUUACUCAAAGAAGCAUUUCUUAGUCUUUUUAAAUGGUUAGCCCAUCGGAGUGGUAAAGAAUCCUCAUAAAUUUGUCAGAAACUUUAGAUUCCUAAGAAAGAGGGGCAGAGUUCAAGAAUUUGUCUCAGUUUAUCUCAAUGACCAUUAAAACAGCAUCAAUAUUGCUUCUGAUGGUGGCAGAUUAGUGAGACCACUGCUAGUUAUUGAAAAGGGUAGACCUAAGUUGCAACAGAUGCAUAUUCAGGAUCUGAUAAUUGGUCUGAAGGACUUCAAUGACUUCUUAAGUGAGGGUAUAAUUGAGUAUCUGGAUGUGAAUGAAGAGAAUAAUGCAUUGAUAGCUCUCAAUGAGGAAGGACUCACUGAAUAGCAUACUCAUAUGGAAAUCGAUCCUUUUACCAUCCUUGGCUGCGUUGCUGGCCUAAUUCCAUAUCCUCAUCACAAUCAAAGUCCUAGAAAUACUUAUCAAUGUGCUAUGGGUAAAUAAGCAAUUGGAACUAUUGGUUUGAAUUAGCUAAACAGAGUUGACACACUAUUGUAUCUUAUGACUUACCCUAUGAAACCCUUAGUCAAGACUAAGACAAUCGAAAUCAUUAAUUUUGAGUAGCUUCCAGCUGGCUAAAAUGCCUCAGUUGCUAUUAUGAGUUACAGUGGCUAUGAUAUUGAAGACGCAGUCAUUCUUAAUAAAUCUUCACUUGAUAGAGGAUUCGGUAGGGCAAUGUAUAUCAGAAGAUAUUAAACAGACAUCAAGAAGUAUUCAAACGGAGCCACUGAUAUCAUUUUACCAGGAGUUACUUAAAAAGACUCAAGAAAGACUUUUAUGAAUAAAAAGUUCCAUGCUUUGGACGGGGAUGGCAUGGCUAGAGUAGGUGAGAGUCUAGGCAAUGGAGAUGUAUUCAUUAACAAAUACACUCCGGUAAUAAACGAAACUUAAAGUGGAUACAUGAACUAAGUGGACAUUUCACAAUUAGAGUUCAAGAGUUAAGCACAGUCUUAUAAGGGAGCAAAUCCAGCCUAUGUUGAUAGAGUUAUUCUUACUUCUACACCAGAGAACCCUUUUAUCAUCAAGAUGAUUACCAGAUAGUCAAGAGUACCUGAGAUUGGAGAUAAGUUCUCUUCUAGACAUGGACAAAAAGGUGUUGUAGGAUUAAUCGUGCCUCAAGAAGAUCUUCCAUUUAGUGAGAAGAAUGGAUGGUGCCCAGAUCUCAUCAUGAACCCACAUGGUUUCCCAUCAAGAAUGACUGUAGGUAAAAUGAUUGAGUUGAUUUCUGGAAAGGCUGGUGUGCUUAGCGGAGAAUUCAAGUAUGGCACAGCCUUUUCUGGUGAUCCAGUUGAAGAAAUGGGAAAGAUCUUGAUCAAGUAUGGCUAUAGUUUCGAUGGAAAAGAUUGCUUAAUGUCUGGAAUUACGGGUGAAAUCCUUCCAUGCUUUGUUUUCUCAGGCCCAAUUUACUAUUAAAGAUUAAAGCAUAUGGUCUAGGAUAAAAUGCAUUCAAGAGCUCGUGGACCAAAGUCUGUACUUACGAGAUAACCUACAGAAGGUAGAUCAAGAGAAGGAGGUCUUAGACUUGGUGAAAUGGAGAGAGAUUGCUUGAUUGGUUAUGGAGCAGCAAAUUUGAUUAUGGAAAGAUUAAUGAUAUCUAGUGACUAGUUUGUUGUCUAUGUAUGCAAUAAGUGUGGCUUUAUUGGUUACGAGGGAUGCUGCGUAUAUUGCAGUCCAAAUCAUGAUAAUGUUUGCAGUGUCAAGAUGCCUUAUGCUUGCAAGCUUUUGUUAUAGGAAUUGCAAUCUAUGAAUAUUAGAGCAUAGAUUAAACUUACUGAUGUUUGA